GUCCGGUAUCGUCACCCUCAUCCAGAAGAGCGCGGCACAUUCAUGUCCCUGUUUAUUAUAAAAGUUAUACUUUUGAGCGAAGUACGAGCAUGAUCAAAGAUAAACGUGUUCAAAAUGAUGUGACACGAUAGUAUCUCGUUCGAGAGAAGGAUCAAUAAGAGUAGCGAUAAGGGUGAGUGAUGUAUGAUUUGAUUGUAUACAACGAACGAGAAUAUUUGUAUGAAGAAAACUCUUGGGGAAUGACCCAAUCGUCAUUGUUAAAUCGUAUAAAUAAGGGAAUGCUCAUGCCAAGUUUCACAAAAAAGAUGAUUCAUGAACUUGCUCUCGUGACAUUUUUUUUGCGUACAGUAUCGAAUAGCGAUUGUCAAUGGCAUAACGCUAUUGAAUUUUGGAGCAACGUCGUCUGCUCUAUAGAAAAUGUUAAAACCGUAAAUUUUCAUGGUGUAUUCGAUAGUGGAAGGAAUUCUAUCUUUCUCGAUCAAUGUUUUCAGACUUUUGUAAAGGAUAUCACGCACAAAUGCCAGGCAACGAUUGCAUCAAAGAUUUAUAUGCUUCGCGAUUCGGAGAAUCUUACAUCUUUCAUAACUAAUAAUGACAUAACUCAAAGGGUUGUAGAACGAUCGUCGAUCUGCAAGAUUACAUCGGGUGGCAAGAUUCCUUCUCAAGCAAUCAAGUCGUUGAUAGCUAGAAGGACUCAAAUACGAAGCGGCAGAGUCUCUGGCAAAAAUACGUGGAACAUACAUAUAAUUCUCGCGAGAGAUAUCCACUCUUUCAAUCAAAUUUCGAAGGAUGCGUCUACAUUUCCGUGGAAUCCACAGGAUCGAUUUAUAGCGUUAAUCGCUCUUCCAGAGGAAAACAAUAGUUUGUCCAAUCCAGAGCUCGAUGAUAUCUUAAAAACGUUGUGGUUCAAACGUAAAGUGCAAAAGAUUUUAGUCUCCAACGUUAUUCUUGUAAAUGACACCAUUCAAAUUAAUCAAACUAUGCACACUUACAAUCCGUUCGCCAAAGUCAACGAUUCUGUAUGGGGUAAGGUCGAAAUUAUAACUGUAAAGACAGUAAAAGAAGCGUCAAACGUAUUGUCGCAUUUAACAUAUCAUCGCACAAAAAAUAUGAAUGGAUACGAGUUAAAAGUAGGUUACUUCAAGCAAGGCCAGACAAUCGCAAAACCUAUAAUAUCUCGAUCGAAUUUACAUUACAAUUAUGCCGACGUUUUUAAAGGAUUUGACGAGAUAAUGUUAAAUACAAUAGCUCAAGACAUGAAUUUUAAAGUGACGCAUAUACAUCCAACGGAUAACAAAUCAUAUGGUCAUCAAUUGCCCAAUGGAACGUACGUCGGUGCUAUAGCUUACACAGGCGACGUAGUGCAUGGUAGAACGGACAUCUGCUUCGUAUCUUUUUUCGUAAAGAAAUACAGCAUCAAGCUCAAGGAAGAUGUUGAGUUCACCACGUACGUGGACUUUGACAGAUUGUGUGUAGUUGUCCCAAAAGCAACCAAGAUACCUAAAGGAAUACGAAUAUAUCAUUUUUUUCCGCUCUCGAUUUGGAUAUGUUCAAUGUUAACGCACAUUUUCACGUAUCUAACAUGGUACUUUCUACAAGUUUUUACUCCAAAAAGAACAGAAAGGAUAAGUUUUCGCACAACAAUAUAUCGAUCGUUUCUACUCAAUGCCGGUUGUCCUCAAAAAUUGCCAAAUACAAGCGCGGAAAGAAUAUUGCUGUCGGGCAUUCUUCUCGCUAACGUUACUUUAGUAGGAAUCUUUGGUGGUAUUCUGUACAACAGUUUCGCGCAUGACAUGUAUUAUCCAGAUAUCCAUAAUCUUCACGAUCUCGACGUUUCGGGAUUGCCAAUAUUGUUAACUUCCAUCAGUUUGAUCGAUCUCUUCGGAUGCAACAACAAUGUCGAUUCGACACCACUCAUGGAAAACCUGCGAAAAAAGCUGCAAUACGGUCCACACGCUGUAAGUAUUGCGGCUCAUCACCGCAACGUUUCCGCAUUAGCUAGGGAACGUUAUUUUCCCAUUAUCAAUGAGGAAUUGUUCGACGUAGAUGGACCAUUGCUACAUCUCGUUGAAGAAUGUCCAGGUAAAUUCUACUUGUCAUAUUUGUUGCCCAAGAAUUCGAUUUUAAAUGAAAAGAUAAAUGCACUAAUCAAUCAACUGAAUCAAGCUGGCUUACCAUCAUUGUGGAAUCAACACAUCAUUCAUGCCUUCAUUGUUCAAAAGCGGUUAUUGACUAAAGAAAAAUUAGCUCGAGAUAGAAAGGAAAUAGAUGGCUUCGUACCAUUUAAUCUAUCUGAUAUGCAGUCAUCCUUUUACAUGCUACUAAUAGGAUUAUUGAUAUCCACGAUAGUAUUUUUUCACGAGAAGGGUUGGCUUAAAGUAUCGUUACUGCAUUAGAAAACCAAGCUGUAAAUCUACAUAUUAGAAUAUCGUGGUAUAAUUAUCGAGUAUUAUGGUUUGUACCAUAUUUUCUUUUUCAAUUUUUUUUCCUCAAGUUUUUAUACA